CAGCAACCAGUACGUUUUCAGUUGAGGGAGGCGACAUCAAGGAGGAAGGGGAUACUGUAGUAAUUCUAGAUAGCUAUUGGCCAGUUCUAUUAGCUAUCGUAAUAUUAUUUUUAGCCGCGGUGUAAACAAGACUCUCUCGGUAUUGACAUUUAUUUGUGUACAGUGUAUAUACAUAUUUAGAUAUGUCUACUCCAGCUAGAAGGCGACUUAUGAGAGAUUUUAAACGGCUCCAGGAGGACCCCCCGGCAGGCGUCAGUGGAGCCCCAUCCGAGAACAACAUAAUGGUGUGGAAUGCAGUCAUAUUCGGGCCAGAAGGAACUCCGUUUGAAGAUGGCACGUUUAAACUUACAGUCGAAUUCACAGAAGAAUAUCCAAACAAACCUCCAACAGUGCGGUUUGUCUCAAAGAUGUUUCAUCCAAAUGUGUAUGCAGAUGGGAGUAUAUGCUUAGAUAUUCUACAAAAUCGCUGGAGCCCAACAUAUGAUGUGUCUUCUAUUCUCACUUCAAUUCAGUCCCUGUUAGAUGAACCAAACCCAAACAGUCCAGCGAAUAGUCAGGCAGCUCAGCUUUAUCAAGAAAACAAGCGGGAGUAUGAGAAACGCGUGUCAGCCAUUGUGGAGCAGAGUUGGAGGGACAGUUGACCACACACACCUGCUAACAAGCUUUUGUUUGUUUGUUUUUUUUUUCUUUAAAUAUGAGCUUUGUGUGGGUUUCCAGUUAGUGGGAUAUAUCUCUUGAUUUCCCCCCCUGCCCUACUUGUUAUGAUUUUAAGUUUUUAUGCACUUUACCUUUCUCACUGUGUAGGAUUGCGCCUGUUUUCUUUCUUUUUUCCUUUUUUUUUUUGCCUCAAGUGCUCCCCAUCCCCUCUGCUCAAAUUGUCUGAUCACAGGAUGCUUUUUACAAGAAUUUAACCCUCAGCUGACUUUGGAGAUGCUCUCUGAUGCAAGAAUAUUGUGGUAUGUCACCGACACCGACAUCAAUGCUUCUUUACUCCAUUCCCAAGGCUGCCUAAGUUCUCAACAAAAGGACAGAAGGGGAUUCAAAGGAUUUUUUUUUUUUUUUUUUUUUUAAAUAGGAUAUGUGGAAUCAUGAUCCAUGGAAUGGUUGUGCUAUUGUUACAAAUCUCCUUUUUCCAAGAGAUAUGGGC